AAGGCGAACGUUUACGGUCAUUGAUUACGAUUAACGUAAUACACCGUAAAACGUCGUAUAUGUCUGUCGUAAACGGCCACUGUAAGUAGCUACCGUUUACGAUAUUUCACGACAUUAUCCGAGAAUCGUUCACUUUCUCCGUAUUUUUACGGUAGUCGUAAAAGGCGAAAGUUUACGGUCAGUGUUUACGAUUAACGUAAUACGCCGUAAAACGUCGUAUAUGACUGCCGCAAACGGCCACUGUAAACGAAUGCCGCUUUUCAACGUAAAUGAUUGGUGUACGGCCGUUUACGGCCGGGCAGGAACGACCUGGGUAUCAUUUCGAUACAGCACAAUUUGCUCUACAAUAUUUAUUAAUCAGUUUUAUCCACACAUUUCAUUUCAAAGGCAAUAGUUGUUGAAAACAUCUAUAAAUAAGUGUUAUGAGGCAUAAUUAAUAGAGAUUUUUAAAAGCAAGAAAAAAAUAGGCGAAAAAUAGGGGAAAUUUAAUAUUUCCACCACUUAUUCCAGUUCAAUUGAGUCUAAAUAUCAUUGUAAAUGAAAAAAAACACAUUCUUUAUCAUAUAUUUUAAUAGCUUUUUUUAAAACUUCAGCCAAAUCAUUGUCGUGCAUCGAUUAUAUUUUGAUCGAGUGUUAUUCAAUUUAAAAAAGCACCUAAUCUUAUUCCAUGUUAUCAUGCUUACAUGAAAAUGAUCAAUCAGAAAAAUAUAUUUGUCAAGCAUUUUGGUUAGAAGCAUUAAUUAUGUUUAUUGAAAAACAGAUGGAGAUAAAAUGUGAUAAAUAAUAUGGAGGAAUUUCUCUACGACUCAUCGCACUCGAUUUAGUAAGACGAUUUGUUUCUUCUUUCAAUUGAAAUUUUAAAAAAAACACGAUAGUUUUAGAUUUUUGUGAUAUAUCACCGGAUAAUUUUAUUAUCCCAUUUGAAACAAUUAAAUUGAAAAAACUUCAUUGGACAAGGUAUAUUUGGUACUGUUUUUUGCUGCUGCAUCAUACAAAAUAAAAUUUACAGCGAACUUUUAUUUUUAUAAAAUAUAUUUAUCUAGUCGAAUAUGGAUCUUGCUUGUAAAGCUUUUGUACCAAUUGAUUCUUCGAUUACAAAUGGUCUUAUUGAGCAAGCACAUCGACGAGCUAAAGAUGAAGAAAGUGAAAACAAAAUAUCUUUAUGGGAUAUUGCAAAAGAAUGGAUGUGUAAUCCAAUGCGUGCUGUUGCUAAAGCUUAUAUAAUAUGUCGACAAGAACUUUCAGCUCUUUUAACAAUUGGUUCACAUCCAAAUAUAGUUCCAAUUGUUGACUUAAGUAUAUACGCCCAUUAA